AUGGAAAUAAUAAGUGCUUAUGUUAUUAUUGGAAGUGUUUUAUGGGUUUAUUUGUUUGUGAGGAAAUUCAAUGAAAUAUGGUAUUUGGUUAAGUUAGGAAGGAAAGUUUACAAAUCACUUCCUCCAGGUGACUUUGGAUGGCCUUUUAUUGGUUAUUCAUUGUCAUUUUACAAAGCAUUUAAAGCUGGUGGUGAUCCAGACUCUUUCAUUUCUCAUCUUCUUUCCAAAAAUGGAAGAGUUGGAAUGUACAAAAGUCACCUAUAUGGAAGGCCAACAAUCAUCGUAACAGAUCUAGAAAUAUGUCGACUCAUAUAUUUAGACGAUGAAAAGUUCAAACCAAAUUAUCCAAAAUCAGUGAAAAUAUUAGAAGUAAAUGGUCUGUUCUCAAGGAUUGAUCACAAAACAGCCUAUAAAAUAAUGGCAUCUCCCAUAAAUGGCUAUGAGAUACUGUCUAAUUAUGUGAGUUUCAUUGAUCAAACAAUGGCCAAAGGGUUAGAGGAAUGGAGCACAGCGAAAGAACCCAUUGAAUUGUUGAGUGAAAUUGGAAGUCUUCUUUUUAAAGUAAUUAUUCAUAUCUUCUUAGGCAAUGAAAUUACUGCCCCUACCAUGGCUAAACUUGAGGAACUAUACAAACACUUGGGUCCAGCAAUUUUGUCCAUUCUUCCUUAUGACUUGCCUGGCUUAACCUUUCAUCAUGCACUCAAGGCAAGAAAAGAGAUAGGAAAUAUCUUGGAUUGUGUGAUAGAGGAGAAAAGAAGAGUCCUAGAAAACAAGGAAACAAGAGAAGUGAAAAGCCAAAUGGACAAAUUGAUUGUGGCCACUGAUGAAAAUGGGAAAAAAUUAUAUGAUAACAAUGACAUUAUAGACUUGCUUCUUGGAUUAUUACAUGCUGGCCAUCAUACCCCAGCUUAUGCUGCCAUGUGGGCUCUUGUACAAAUCUCAGAAAAUGCUCAUGUCUUCCAAAAAGAAGAGCAAGAGUUCAUUAUGAAAGAAAGACCAUCUACUCAAAAGGGAUUGAGUUUUAAAGAAAUCAAACAAAUGAAAUAUCUUAUGAAAUUCAUUAAUGAACUACUAAGAAGACAUACAAUCGCUGUUGCGAGUUUUCGUGAGGCAAAAACAGAUGUAUACAUCAAUGACUACAUCAUACCCAAAGGAUGGACUGUACCAAUUUGGACUAGAGCUAUUCAUAUGGAUCCUCAAAUAUAUUCAAAUCCACAAGAAUUUGAUCCUUCAAGAUGGGAUAAUUAUACACCAAAACCAGGAGCAUUCAUUCCUUUUGGAAUUGGAAGUAGGUUUUGUCCUGGAAGUGAACUUACAAAACUCUAUAUUACAAUUUUACUUCAUCAUUUUAUCCUCAAUUACAAAAUGGAACGAGUGAAUCCAAGAUGCGACAUAACUCACUUACCUGCCCCCAAGCUAGUAGACAACUGCCUUUGUAGAAUUAUCAAGCUCCCAUAAUGAGAGAUGGUUAUACUUUGAAUUAAAAAAAAGAUACAAUUGAUGUUGACGAGAUGUGACUAUUCAAACGGAGGUCGUUGGAGAUGGAAUUAGUGCAUCCUAUUGUAUCUGUGUGAGAAUAGAAACGAAAAGUAAUUAAUGCAAUGUUUGAGUUCUUGAAAAAAUGAUUUCAUGGGAUCUAUGUUUAAAAGUCGUUCCUUUUUCCAAAUGAAUAAAAAUAUUUGUUCUUAAUAAAGGAAACAAUUGAAUUCUUGAACAUUUACUAUAACACUUAUUAUAACACUUAUUUUCAUGAUAAAGAAGUACUAAAUGUUAAAGACAUUGAACAGAUGGGUAUGUCUCCCAAGAAUCAAUUAGAACCCCAUAUUUUAUAUAAUAUAUUUAGUAUCAGUCACAACCGUAAAGUUCAAAUGGAUAUUCAAUCCUAAAAAGAAAUAUCACCUUGAGAGGAGACUUCUAUAUUUAUUUAAUAUGAUAU